UGUGCCCCCGCCCCUCUCCUCGGCCCUUUCUCUUCCCAGCACCUCGGCCGGUUGGCGGCGGCGGUGGCUGCUUGGCCUCGCGGCGGCGACCCAAGCAGCAGCGGCAGGAAGAGUCGGCUUCAAGCAUGAAGUGUAAGCCGAACCAGACGCGGACCUACGACCCGGAGGGGUUCAAGAAGCGGGCGGCGUGCCUGUGUUUCCGGAGCGAGCAGGAGGACGAAGUGCUGUUAGUGAGUAGCAGUCGGUACCCAGACCGCUGGAUCGUGCCGGGCGGGGGCAUGGAGCCCGAGGAGGAGCCUGGCGGUGCGGCAGUGCGAGAGGUGUACGAAGAGGCGGGAGUCAAGGGGAAGUUAGGCCGGCUCUUGGGCGUAUUCGAACAGAACCAAGAUCGCAAGCACAGAACGUAUGUGUAUGUACUGACGGUCACUGAGAUCCUGGAGGACUGGGAAGAUUCGAUCAGCAUUGGGAGGAAGCGAGAGUGGUUCAAAAUCGAAGAUGCGAUCAAGGUUCUCCAGUGCCACAAGCCCGUGCAUGCCGAAUAUCUGGAAAAACUCAAGCUGGGCGGUUCCUCAACCAAUGAAAACUCCAUGGCCUGGUCCCUGCCAGAUAGCGAUCCCUAGU